UGUUUUGAACGUGUGUAUCGGGAUUACUUAUUAUAUAAAAGACGUUGUUGUUACUUUUUUAGACCUCCCAUGAUAGCACACCUGACUCUCCGUCCGUGGGUCCUUCCACGCUCCCACCUAGACGAAGGGGGCAGGGCGCGUCACGGUCUGCUAAAGGACGGGGGCGAGGUGCCCGAGGCCGAGGAUCUGGUCGCGGUUUGACCCUAAAUCUGUCUCCAGAGGAUGUUCAGCGGAUGCAGGAUCUCCAGGCGCAACGCAUUGAUUUUGAAGAUACAUUGAUUGGGAGGUUGAGCAUCCAACAAUCACACCAGAUGCUCAGGGAUAUUCUACACCAUGAUCCCUCCCUGGUGUUUGAUUUGAGGCUUCGGACAUCAGAAGGGGCUCCACCAGUCCCACCAUCCACAGCUGCUGCUCCCUCCUGGUGUGUGUGUGCAAGGUGUCGGGAAAUGCCCACAGACCUGGAAAGGAAAUGUUGUCGUUUCCGACCUGAAGAGUGCAUUUCCUCCAUGCCCCACAUGGAAAUCUUCAUCCUCAUGGAGGGUCAUCUGCGGAUGGCUCGGAGGCUGUGGAAUGACAUCAGGGCAGUAGAAAAUGCACAGUCCCCAGGGGAGAGCAAUAGGCAAUUCCGCCAUGCAGCCUACAGGCACUGGGUUGUGUGGCAGUAUGGGUCACUGGGGAGUGGACGGCGUGUGGUGGUACCCAGCUGCUGUGUUUGGGCCAUCAGGGACAGAUUUCCAGAUCCAAAUGGACAUUAUGUUGGAUUCAUCCCAAGCAGGGUUUGA